CCAGAUGUGGAGUGCAAUUACUCAAUCAAUCAAUCAGCGACCAUGCCUCCACGCACCAAACGAGCCCCAGCAUGGACCAAUGCAGAGCUGCAGGACCUCAUAAGUGUUUGGGGAGAGGAGGCUGUGCAAGCACAGCUGCGCUCCAGAAGGAGAAAUUAUGAUACCUAUGGGCAGAUAUCACAGUCCUUGAUGAGAAGGGGCCAUGAACGGGACGCGUUGCAGUGCAGGGUCAAAAUAAAAGAGCUGAGGAGUGCUUACUGCAAAGCUCGUGAGGGAAAUCGCCGCUCAGGAGCUGCCCCCACGACCUGCCGUUUUUACCAGGAGCUGGAUGCCAUACUUGGGUGUGACCCCACUGCCAAUCCUAGGAGCACGAUGGAGAGUUCACAGCAGGGAGAAGUGGGGGAGGUUGUAGAGGAAGGCGACAGUGAGGCUACUGGCGUGGAGGGAGACACCCCGGAGUCCCAGUACACAUGUAGCCAGGAGCUCUUCUCAAGCCAGGAGGAGGCUAGCCAGUCGCAGCAGCAGGAAGUUGAUGGUGAGGAAGAAACUGAGGAUCGUGCUCGGGGUAAGUAGAUUUUUAUGUUUUGGGAGAGGAGGGUUUUGGUUAUGGGUGCCUGCAUGCAUGCCUAAACGUGGAAUAGCCCAUUGAUUUGCUCUAUCACGUCUCUGUAAUCUGCCUCUUGUAAUCUCUUGAAAAGUUGCAGCCAGAGCGUUUGCAAUUUGCUUUCUCAAGUUGAUCGGGAGAGCCAUCGUGGUCCUUGUCCCGGUCAGGCUAACUCGUCCGAUCCACUGUGCAGCGAGGGGUGGGGGGACCAUGGCUGCACACAGGCAAGCUGCAUAGGGGCCAGGGCGGUAUCCACAUUGCUGUAGAAGACCCUCCCUCUCUUCCCAGUGACCUUGACUAAUGCAGCCGGAUCACCGGCCUCACGUAGAUUGCAGAACUUGAGACGAAAUCCAAGAAAAUCAAAACAGGAAUUGAUCAAAUCAGUUAUGAGUCAUUACAA